CUCAGAUCCACGUUCCCUGAUCAACCAUGCGUUGAACCAGUUGGAAACGGAACUGGGAAUGGCGACUAUCAACAUGGAACGUGCCAAAUUGUCCGUAUCUCAAGCCAUCGACCAUCUCAACCACGUUCAAGCCGACUAUCCAACCUUUGCCGCUCUGUUCUACUACCUGAGGGAACGCGAGGCACAAGAUGGCAUCAAUCAAGCUUACAAAUAUGUGGUGCAGGCUAGGGCAGUGGAGAGAGAUGUUGAGCGGCGGAUUAGAGCUUUGAGAGGUGGUCCUUCAAUGAGGCAUGGUACUUACAGUUAUGGAUACGCCGCUAAUUACCAUGGCCCCAACUACCUGCCUCUUCCUCCCACUUGGCCUCCUUCCCAUUCGACAUAUCCCUCUCCUCCCCAGCACAACAACUCUCAGAACGCUCUCAGCGGGAACACGAUCCAUAUCGAGCAACACCAAAACGCGAACGACUUUGACUGCAUGGCUGAGACGAAGAAAUGGCUGAACUUCUUGUCGUUCAGAAAGUUGUGCGAAGAUCCUCUGUGAGAAUGAGAAGAGGAGGGAGAAGUGGAGUGUUUAGUUUGAAUGGUUUGGGAUGCACGCUGGGGAUGGAAA